AUGUCGCAUCAAACAAGUGUUUUGGAGGAAAAGGCUUCCAGUUCGAGAGAACAAAAGAGUGUUAAGAGAGAGGUUGAAAAGAAAGAGGCCACAAAAGAUACCAAACAGAUUAUUGGCCCAACGGAAUUCACUGAUGCUUUUCCAGAGGAGCUACCUAGUGGAUUACCACCUUUGAGAGGCAUAGAACAUCAGAUUGAUUUCAUUCCCGGUUCCACCAUUCCAAAUCGACCAGCCUAUCGAAGCAAUCCGACGGAUACAAAGGAGUUGCAAAGGCAAGUUGAUGAGCUUAUGGAGAAAGGAUUGGUGCGAGAAAGCAUGAGUCCUUGUGCCGUUCCAGAACUUUUUAAGUUACCAAAAAAGGGAUGGUACAUGGCGGAAUGUGCAUGA